CACAAAUUAAAAAUUAGCAAAAAUAAUAACAACAAAAUCUCAAAUAAAAAUAAUAUUAAUCAUUGGACGAUGGAAAUGACCGUUCUAGGAAAUAGAGUCAGUAUUCUAACCGCAGAUGGUCACAAAGUUGUACCGAUUGGUGGAAAGAUGGGUGAUUAUUUUGAAGGAAAAGAUGGAAAAUUGAGGAAAGGAGGAGGUUUGGGGUGGUUAUUAGCGGCAUUCUUUGUAGUUGCGGAUAUGGCUGGAGGGGGAAUUGUUGCUUUACCUACAGCCGUUGUUAGAUGCCAAUUUUUCCCCGGACUUAUUUUACUUGCUGUAAUGGCUCUAAUCUCAACAUUCUCGGCUGUUAUGCUAGGCAAUUGUUGGGAAAUAUUAGUGAGGAGAUUUCCCGAUUAUAGGACACAUUGUCGAAAACCUUAUGCAGAAAUUGGUUAUAGAGCACUUGGACCUUUAAUGAAAACAAUUGUUUCUACUUGUGUUAAUAUUACACAAUUUGGAGCUUCAACUGUAUUUUUACUGUUGAGUGCCAAAAACAUUCGUGAUUUUCUACGCGCAUUUUUUCAUGUUGAUAUAAGUUCUUGUUUAUUAGUUUUGGUUGUUGCUUUAGUUUUAUUACCUGUUACAUUACUUAAAUCACCAAAUGAUUUCUGGCCAGUUAUUGUUGGGGGAAUGUUAAGUACAGGAAUUGCAAUUGUUUUGAUUUGUUUGGGUGCUUUCCUUGAUAUCGGUUCUUGUUCUCCUGUUCGAGAAUUUCCUCAAUUUUCAUUAUCUAAUUACCUCGUUGCUUUGGGAACAAUGUUAUUUACUUAUGGGGGGCAUUCAGCAUUUCCAACAAUUCAACAUGACAUGAAAAGACCCUCACAUUUUGAUCGUUCUGCAAUUUUUGGAUUUAUUUUAAUGUCAUUUUUUAAUUUUGGUGUUGUUUCUCUUACCGGUUUAGUUUAUGGAAAUAGUUUAAGAGAUUCUGUUAUUAACUCAAUUCAAACAGUUUGGAUUCAACAAGCAGUUAAUUUAAUGAUAACUGCACAUUGUCUUUUAACAGUAACUUUAAUUAUUAAUCCAUUAAAUCAAGAAGUGGAGGAACUUUUUGAUGUCCCUCACGAAUUUUGUUGGAAAAGAGUUGUUGUUAGAACGGGAGUAAUGGCUUCAAUAGUUUUUGUAGCCGAAUCAGUUCCAAGUUUUGGACCUGUACUCGACUUUUUUGGUGGUUCAACAGUAGCAUUAACUUCUGUUAUUUUCCCCUGUCUUUUUUAUCUUUUUUUGGCGGCCGGUGAGAAAAAAGCGAAUGAAUCAGCACAUUUUGGGAAUGAAAAACCGCCAACUUUAUCUGAAAUGAUUCAACGUACAGAUAGACGAAUGUUAUUUAUUUGUGGAUUUGUUAUUGUUUUAUCUUCAUUAGCCGGCAUAAUAGCAACAAUUUCUGCUUUAAUCUCUUUAAUGGGCACAGCAUUUACCCCUCCCUGUUAUCUUAGCCAUUUAUUUGUUGAUAAAAAUUUAAAUAAUAAUUUUAAUAAUGAAAGUAUUUUGGCUAAUUCCUCGUCUUUUCUUUCGUCUUUGAGUGCUACUAAUUGUUGUGGUCCUUUCCAAAAUAUUUCUAGAUAUGGAUCAACAAAUGGAAAUUGUAUUGCCGCAGAUCUUCAUUUUUAUUGA